AUGGAGACUUGGAAGACAUUUUGGGGGAUCAUCUUCCUUGCAGCUGGUUUUGGCUUCAAGUCACAGAGAAUUGUGUGCAGGGACGACUCUGUGGGAGAUGUCGUGUUUCUGGUGGACACCAGCAACAACCCACAGAACACUCACAGCGCACGGAGCUUCUUGUACACUGUGGUCAACGGCGUCAGUGUCGGCGGAGAGGCGGUCUGCGUGGGGCUGGCCUGGUACAGUGAUCAGCCCCAAUCCGAGUUCCUCCUUUCCACCUACCAUCGGAAAGGCGAAGUGCUGAGACGCAUCCAGAGGUUUCCAUUUACGCCGGGGGGCCACAAGAUGGGGCUGGCCCUGCAGUUCCUCCUAGAUCACCACUUCCAGGAAACAGCGGGGAGCAGGGCAAGCCAGGGCGUACCUCAGGUCGCCGUGGUGAUCAGCAGCAGCCCAGCAGAGGACCACGUGCAAGAGCCCGCGGAUGACUUUAGGAGGGCGGGCAUCCUCCUCUAUGCCGUGGGCGUCGGAGAUGCGGUUUCAGCAGACCUCAAGGAGAUUUCGAGCAGUCCUGUGGAGAAGUUCGUCGCCUUUGUUCCCAACUUCUCUGCUUUGGGCAGUUUCGCCCUGAAGCUACGCCAGGAGCUCUGUGAUACGUUGGCAAAGGCAGCUCCACCUGUUGGCCACGUCUCUCCAGCUUGCAGAGAAACAGUCCUGGCUGACAUUGUCUUCCUAGUAGACAGCUCAACCAGCAUAGCCCAGAACUUCCAGAAAGUGAAGAACUUCCUUCACUCUGUCGCCUUGGGGCUGGACAUCAGCAGUGACCAGGUCCGAGUGGGACUCGCACAGUAUAAUGACAACAUCUACCCAGCCUUUUGGCUGAACCAGCACCGUCUGAAGAGUGUGGUCCUGGAGCAUAUCUGGAACCUGCCCUACCAUACAGGAGGCACAAACACAGGGAGUGCCCUGGAGUUCAUCAGGACCAACUACUUGACUGAGGCAGCUGGCAGCCGGGCUAAGGAUGGGGUUCCCCAGGUAGUUAUCCUGGUGACAGAUGGGGAGUCAAAUGAUGAAGUCCAGGAGGCAGCUGACAGGUUGAAACAAGAUGGGGUUGUGGUGUACGUGGUAGGGGUCAACGUCCAGAAUGUCCAGGAGUUGCAAACAAUAGCCAGUGAGCCAUUGGAGAAGUUUCUCUUCAACGCUGAAAACUUCAACAUCCUGCAGGAUUUCUCAGGAAGCAUUCUCCAGACUCUGUGCUUGGCCGUGGAGGGCAAGAUCAAAGACUCUGCCCAGCAUUAUGCAGAUGUGGUCUUUCUCGCUGACACCUCACAGAACACAUCAUGGACCAGUUUCCAGUGGAUGCAGACUUUCAUCUCCAGAGUGGAUGGCAUGCUGGAUGUUGGCAGAGACAAGUACCAGAUUGGGAUGGCUCAAUAUGGUGGUCAAGGUCACACUGAAUUUUUGUUCAACACUUACCAAACCCAGGAUGAGAUGAUGACUCACAUCCAUGAACACUUUGUACUUUGGGGAGGCUCCAGUAGGACAGGCAAAGCUCUACAAUACCUUUAUCAGACCUUCUUCCAGGAGGCAGAGGGAAGCCGGUUUCUCCAGGGCAUUCCCCAGUAUGCAGUGGUCAUUACCUCAGGCAAAUCUGAGGAUGAGGUCCAUGAGGCUGCAGAGACAUUGAGGGAGAAAGGCGUGAAAGUCAUGUCUGUGGGUGUCCAAGACUCUGACAAGAGAGAACUACAGGGGAUGGGCACCCCAUCCCUUGUAUAUGAGAUGCAAGGACAAGACAGGGUCAGACAGGUGAUGCACCAUGUGAGUGGGGUGAUCCAAGGAACUGGGCAGCUUGAGACCAAGAAUGAAGCCAAGAUGGAGCCUAUAGAAGCGUGUCUAACUGCUAUCCCGGCUGACUUGGUGUUCCUCAUUGAGGAAUUUAGCAGGGCUCAGCAAUCGAAUUUCCAACAUGUUGUCAAUUUCUUAAAGACCACUGUCAGCUCUCUAAGUAUUCAUCCAGAUGUUGUGCGAAUUGGCUUGGUCUUUUACAGUGAGGAACCAUGACUUGAGUUUUCUCUGGAUACAUUUCAGAAUUCAGCCAAGAUCUUGGAGCAUCUGGACAAAUUAACCUGCAGGAGAAGAGGAGAAAGGACCAAGACUGGUGCUGCUUUGGAUUUCCUAAGGAAUGAGGUUUUCAUUCAGGAGAAGGGCAGUCAGUUCCAGCAAGGUGUGCAGCAGGUAGGCGUGGUCAUCGUGGAAGACUUCUCCCAGGACAAUGUGUCCUGACCGGCUUCCCUCCUCCGCAGGAUGGGGGUGACUGUCUACGCAGUGGGUACUCAGCUCCCCUUGGAGAGCAUGGACCUGGAGAAGAUAGCAUCAUAUCCUCCUUGCAAGCAUGUCAUCCCCCUGGAAUCUUUUUUGCAACUCGCUGUUGUGGGAAGCAAGAUUAAGAACCAGCUCUGUCCUGAGAUUACGGGCAAAAGGGCUUCUGUGUCUGGGAUGAGCUCUGCCCUACAAGAAGGCUGUGUGCACAUCGAGAAGGCAGAACUUUACUUCCUUAUUGAUGGGUCUGACAGCAUCCACCAAGACGAUUUUCUCGAAAUGAAGGUGUUCAUGAAUGAGGUGAUAAAGAUGUUCCACAUCGGGCCUGACAGAGUACAGUUUGGAGUCUUUCAGUACUCAGACGAAAUCAGUAGUCAAUUUACCCUCAGCCAGCAUACCAGCGUGGCGGGGCUGAAGGUGGCCAUUGAUGGCAUCCAGCAGAAUGGAGGUGGCACCAUGACAGGUCAGGCCUUGGGUAGCUUGAGGCAGGUCUUUGCAGACACUGCUCUCAGCAACGUGCCUUGGUAUCUCAUCAUCAUCACUGAUGGCAAGUCUAUGGACCCGGUGGCCGAGGUUGUGGAAGCAUUGAGGGGAGACGGAGUCACCAUUUAUGCUAUUGGAAUCAGAGAUGCUAAUACUAUUGAGCUUCAGGAGAUAGCUGAAGACAGGAUGUUUUUUGUGAAUGAUUCUGAUUCCUUGAAGGCCAUCCAACAAGAAGUGUUACAGGACAUCUGCUCCUCGGAGACCUGUAAGAAUAGGAAAGCUGACAUUAUCUUCCUGACAGAUGGUUCAGAAUCCAUCUCCCUGAAAGACUUUGAAAAGAUAAAGGGAUUCAUGAAGCGAAUGGUCAACGAAUCUAAUAUCGGUGCUGAUGAAAUUCAGAUUGCCUUCUGAACUCUUCUGCAGUUCAGCUCAAACCCCCAGGAAGAAUUCAGGCUCAACCGAAGAUACUCCUCAAAGGUGGACAUUCACGGGGCCAUCUCGGACGUUAAGCAAAUCAACGACGACACCUACACUGGGAAAGCCCUGAACUUCACUCUGCCUUUUUUUGGUAGUUCAAGAGGAGGGAGGCCCAGUGUCCAUCAGAAUUUGAUUGUGAUCACCGAUGGUGUUGCCCGGGACAAUGUAGCCAUACCAGCCAGGGCCCUUAGGAACAGAAACAUAAUUAUUUUUGCCAUUGGGGUAGGAGAAGCCAAACACUCUCAGCUUUUGGAGAUCACUAAUGACCAGAGCAAAGUGUACUAUGAAGAAAAAUUUGAGUUCCUGCAAAACCUGGAGAAGAAAAUGCUUUACCAGGUCUGCAUUCCACAGGGUGAAUGCAACGUAGAUUUUUCUGUAGCAAUUGAUCUCUCCACUCCCACGAGGCAGGUUCAGCAGAGGCUUCAAGGGUUACUGCCAGAGCUCAUGCAGGAGCUGGCCAUGCUUUCCAACAUCAGCUGUGGUGUCCCUGGUCAGACCAAUGUGAUGCUCCGCUACCUGGUUCCCGGCUCAAAGGGCCAGCUUAUCUUUGACUCAGGUUUUGAAAAGUACAGUGAUGAGACCAUUCAGAAGUUCUUGAUUCAUCAGGCUGCCAGUAGCAACCAUAUGGAUGUGGAUUUUUUGCAGUCCCUGGGACACAGUGCUAUCCAUCUCUCUUCUGCCAAAGUGAAGGUCCUUUUAGUGUUUACAGAUGGACUGGAUGAUGAUUUAGAGAGACUGAAGGAAAUAUCCAAGCUUCUCCGCAGCAAAGGAUUCUCCAGACUCCUGACUGUUGGCCUGGAGGGUGUCCAUAAAUUGGAGCUAGAAUUUGGCGGAGGAUUUGCAUACACUCAGCCUCUGAGCAUCACACAGCGAUCUCUUCCGAGCAUCUUACUGAAGCAACUUGACACAAUUGUAGAAAGAAGUUGCUGCAAUAUGUAUGCAAAGUGCUUUGGAGAAGACGGACACAGAGGUGAUGGUGGGAGCCCGGGGAGGAAGGGAGAAAGAGGCCCCCAAGGUCUUCCUGGACCCCGAGGUGAGGAAGGAUGCUGGGGUAUGAGAGGACCCAAGGGAGUGAGUGGAUUUUCAAGAGAAAAGGGCAAUCCUGGUGAGGAAGGUCCUGAUGGCUUGGAUGGAGAACAGGGUUAUCAUGGAGUCCCAGGGUCAUCUGGAGAAAAAGGAAAUUGGGGAAAUAGGGGGGAACCCGGAUUUCCUGGCUACCCUGGUGCACAAGGAGAAGAUGGUGACCUGGGCCACCAAGGAGAGAAGGGGGCAAAGGAAAUCAGAGGGAAGAGGGGUAAUGCUGGACUUCCUGGAUUCGUUGGAACUCCAGGUGACCCAGGACCAGUGGGAAGACUUGGCAUCAAGGGCCCCAAAGGUGUGGUAGAUAUGAUGCCUUGUUAAAUCAUCAAUUUUGCUCGCGAAAAUUCCCCCUGUUCAGGUGUUUCCAAAUGCCCAUGUUUCCCGACCGAGGUGGUCUUUGCCUUGGACGUGUCAAAUGAUGUCUCCCAGUUGGAUUUCGAGAGGAUGGGAGGCGUUUUACUAUCUCUGUUGAUGAAGAUGGAAAUCAGUGGGAGUAACUGUCCCACGGGUGCCCGGGUGGCCAUCGUCUCCUACGACAGCAAAACAGAUUACGUGGUUCGCUUCUCCGACCAUAAGGAGAGGCCCGCGCUCCUGCAGGAGGUCAGGGGACUCUCCCUGGCAGGGUCCUCUAGCAGCAGGAACCUUGGGGACUCCAUGAGGUUUGUGGUAAGACAUGUAUUCAAGUGCGUGCGCGCGGGCCGCCUCCUGAGGAAGGUGGCUGUGUUCUUCCAGGCGGGCUGGACCCAGGAUGCAGGUUCCAUCAGCACAGCCACGCUGGAGCUCAGUGCGCUGGACAUCACCUCUGUGGUCAUCACCUUCAUGGAGGACCACAAGCUCCCAGACGCCCUACUGAUGGAUGGAACCAACAAAUUUCAUCUGUAUGUCUGGGAGACAGAGAACCAGCAGGACAUGGCCCACUGCACUCUCUGCUAUGAUCAGUGCAGCCCGGCCCCGGAGUGCGGGCUGGGCGUGCCUAGGCCACUGGCGGUGGGCAUGGACGUGGCCUUUGUUGUGGACAGCUCCGUCGGCGUGGGCACCGACCUCUACCGCACAGCCUUGACUCUGGUGGACACCACGCUCGACGACCUGGAGGUGGCUGCGCAGGCGAGCGCGUCCCCCCACGGGGCCCGCAUGGCCCUGGUGACACACACGACCCCCUACUUCUGGCCGGGUGCGGGAUGGCCACCUGUGCGCGAGGGCUUCCACCUGACCUCGUACGGCCGGACGCAGAUGCAGAGGCACGUCCGCGAGGCCUUGGACCACCCCCUGCGGGGAGCCCCGGCCCUGGGCCAUGCCCUGGAGUGGACACUGGAGAAGGUGCUCCUGGCGAACCCGCUGCCCAGGAAAGUGCAGGUCCUCUUUACCAUCGUGGCCAGUGAGACCAGCAGCUGGGACCGGGAGAAACUAAGGACUCCGUCCCUGGAUGCCAAGUGCAAGCGCAUCACUCUGUUUGUGCUGGCCUUGGGCCCAGGCAUGGGGACCCAUGUGGCCAGCGCCCCCUCCGAACAGCACAUGCUGCACCUUGAGGGGCUCUUGGAUGCGGAGGUGGCCUAUGCCCGGGGCUUCACGCGGGCCUUCCUGAACCUCCUAAAAAGUGGAACAAACCAGUACCCACCACCAGAGCUCAUUGAAGAGUGUGGAGACCCGAGCCGAGGGGACACCUUUUUGCAACCCAUCCUGUCUGUCAAGAGGUUGCCCAAGCACCAGUUUGGCAAAUCUGGCCUUGCUGAUGAUUUGGAAGCACUCAAAGCAACAGGCUCUUUUCUAGAGGAGAAUAGAAAAGCCAUGAUGACAUCUUUCACUCAGCAAGAAGCACUCGAAAACUAUGAAAAGAGUGGCUACAAUGCUGAAGAAAAUGAACAAGAAAAGCCCACAAAACCAAAAGGAAUGGGAAAAGAAAGAAAUUUAGGCACUGCCUUUGGUCCCUGUUCCCUGGAUCCAAUGGAAGGUGAUUAUGUCCUGAAAUGGUCCUAUAAUGAAAAGGAACAGGCUUGCCGACAGUUCUGGUAUGGUGGCUGA